AUGGACCUUGUAGAGGUGGCACGGCAGUAUAUAUCUGAAAUGGUUAAAUUAGCUGGCCCGGGAAUGAAAGUAAUGAUGAUGGAUAAAGAAACAACAAGUAUUGUAUCUUGCGCCUACUCGCAAAGCGAAAUGAUGCAAAAAGAGGUUUAUCUAUUUGAAAGGAUUGACAGUGGUAUUACAAGAGAACCUCUAAAGCACUUGAAAUGUAUUACUUUUCUAAGGCCUACGGCUGAGAACAUACAACUGUUAGCUGACGAAUUGCGCUCUCCAAAAUACGCUCAGUAUUACAUAUAUUUUUCCAAUAUUAUUAGUAAAACUGACGUCAAGACUCUGGCUGUCGCCGAUGAGCAAGAAACGGCAAGUAUUGUACGCGAAAUGCAUGAAUACUUCCUCGAUGCUGUGCCAUUAAGCCGACAUCUUCUUUCACUGAACAUUCCCAAUGCAUACGGAGAACGGUUCUCUAUUUCUAUGACUGUUUUUCGUCGUUCUCUGGAUGCUAUUGUCGCAACAUUGCUUGCAGUAAAGAAGAAACCGGAAAUUCGGUACCAGGCUUCAUGCAAAGAUGCUAAGCGUUUGGCAGAAGAGGUUGCUAGGUCAGUUAGCAGAGAAAGCACCUUAUUUGAAGGGUCCGUAUCUGAAGGGACUCUUCUAAUUAUUGAUAGAAGUGAAGAUCCUGUUACACCUCUGCUUAAUCAGUGGACUUAUGAAGCAAUGGUUCACGAGCUGAUUGGAAUAAAAAACCAUCGUGUUACAAUGGAUUCUGUUCCUGGUGUUGGAGCGAUAAAUGUAUACGUUAAUUUUGGUGAAAUUGGACAGAAUAUCAAGGUGUUAAUGACAGAGUAUCAACAACGAGCUCAGACCAACCAAAGGCUUGAAUCUAUAUCUGACAUGAAGGCCUUCAUUGAACAGUAUCCGCAGUUUAAAAGGAUAUCUGGAACAGUUUCGAAACAUGUCGCCGUGGUGGGGGAGUUAUCACGUAUAGUUGCUAGUCGCAACCUUUUAGAAGUUUCCGAAACGGAGCAGCAAAUCGCAGGAGAUGGCGAACAUUCGCAGUGCUUAAAUGCGGUUAAGCGUUUGCUACAGAUGUCGCAAAUAACUGACAUUGACGCUUGUAGACUAGUAAUGCUUUACGCUCUGCGAUUUGAGAAGCACAGCGGCAAUGACACAAGCUUUCUGCUACAACUGCUCAGAGAAAAAGGAAUUAAUGGCUCUUACAUUAGUGCUGUGAACAAGGUGCUGGAGUAUGCAGGAAGCGCUCGACGACAGAAUAACUUAUUUGGAGGGUCUGCAAUGGCUAUGACCAAAAGAUUCAUUAAGGGCUUGAAAGGUGUUGAGAAUAUUUAUACUCAACAUGAACCAUACAUCUGUCAAUUAAUUGAUGCGUUAUCCAAAGGCCGUUUAAGUGAACCUGCUUACCCUCAUGUUACUCCCACAGUUGCCAGUAGGACGGACUAUGUUAUUAUAUUUAUCAUAGGAGGCGCUACUUACGAGGAAUCCCGCGCACUUUCCAGUUUUAAUGAAAAGUUCAGCUCUCAAAGUUCUCCUGCCGUCCUAUUGCUUUCAACAUCUGUACUAAACACCCAGAGGUAA